AUGACUUCGUUCUACAAUCGGGCCUCGAACCCCAGAGAAUCCGACAUUCUCGGCAACAUUGGCCGUGUCUUCACCUCCUUGGAACACAAAUUGUAAGUUUUUUCGAGUUUUAUUGUGAAAUUUUAGGUUGAAUGACGUUGAUUAGUGUUGAAAUAGAUGUUCAAGGGAAUGGGUAAAGAUGUAGAGAGGGUUUGGAUUAUCGGGAAGUUAUAUUAUACUAGGCACAUAGCGAUGGGAAUUUCGAUUUUUUUGAAGGGAGAUGGAGUCAAAUUGAUUUGUUUUUGAUGUAGAAUGAAAGAUUAUUCCCUUUAUCUGCUGUGUUAGCAAUUUUAAGAGAUUUUUAGUUGAUUUAGACAAUUUUCUUUCACAUUUUUACCCACUCAUCAUGUACAAUGUUUUUUUCAGGGAGAAGGAUGUCCGUGAGCAUCUUCGCAAUGUCUACGCCACUCUCACCGUGGCCCUCUUCACUGCCGUCCUCGGUGUUGUAGCCAAUCACUUCUUGAAUCUGUACAGUCUCCACUUCCUGUGUUCCAUUGGUAUCUUCGGUCUGACCUUCGCUUUAAUAGCGAGUCCAGCGACCAGAGAGACGGAAAAGAGAAGACUGGGAUACCUCCUGGCCCUCUCCUUCCUUGUCGGUGUCACUACUGGACCAUUGGUCAUGUAUGUCGGAGCAUCGGAUCCAUCCGUCGUGUUCAAUGCCUACAUCAUCACCUUGGUUGUGUUUGGGUGUUUCUCAUUGGCUGCUCUGCAUGCCGAGUCUACUAAGUUCCUGCAUCUUGGAGGUGAGUAUUUUACGUAUUUUUUGGUGUUUUGAGUUUAGGUACAGAAGAAAUUGAAGCUGAUAUUACCCAUUAGGAAUUGGGUGGAAGUUUUUUGAAUUUUUGGUGUUGAAAGGAAAGGUUUUCAUGAGAAAAGCUUUGUGGACGACGUUGAAGUCCUGUUUUAGAUCUAGACGUUUUUUUUUGGGAAGUGCGGAAAGGAUAUAAUAUGAAAAAUUACAAGUCAUAUUGUGCUUGGGGUAUAAGGAAAAAAGUUCCAAAUUUUGUUUGUAAAGGGAAAGAUAUUGAUGAAGUAAGAGUUGGGGAAGCUAUUCAGAACAUAUUGGGGUGUUUUUUAUGUGAUAUUGUGAUUGAAAUUUUAGGUCUUUCACAAAACUUUGCGUUUUUUGACUAAAUUUAUAUAAUUUUGACUUUUAUUUUACAGGAAUCCUCUCGUCGGCCCUCCUCGCCCUCCUGAUCACCAGCAUCUUUGCCCGUUUCACCCCCUCCGUCCACCCGGUCUUGAUCUGGGGAGGUUUGGCGAUCAACUGCGCCUUCAUUGUCUAUGACACCCAAAUGAUCGCCGAAAAGCGCCGCCACGGAGACACCGACUACGUCCUCCACACCAUGGAACUGUUCAUCGACUUUGUCAACGUGUUCCGCUACCUCCUGAUCAUCCUCAAGGAACGCUCGGACAACCAAAACAGACGCCGCCGCGAUUAA